AUGACGCACAGUCACUUGGGCUUUGCAAUGCGCUGCGUCAUUGGGCUGGCCCUGCUAGUCUUGGUCCAGGCACAGUCCAACUGCACGUUCGACAACGACUGCGCCGCUGAGCCUUGCCAGCCAGCCUUUUGCUUCAACAACGAAUGCUUCGAGUCUGCUUUGCAAACCAACAAUGAGCCCUGCUUCACAACUGAGGGAGUUCGUGGCGCCUGCAAUGCAUCUGCCGCUUGCGUGCCCGUGCUGACGACCACCUCCACCACCACAACCUCCACCACCACAACCUCAUCGACGACCACGUCCUCUACCACCACAACCACCACAACCACAACCACCUCAUCGACCACGUCCUCCACCACUACCACCUCCACCUCCACUACCACCACCUCCACUACCACUACAACCUCGACGGUGGACCCUUCGCAGGUAGACUGUACUCGAGCCCCCCGUUACACGCCAUGCCUAGAUUCGCCCUACGAAGAGCCCUGCGCCAGCCUUGGAUACUGCUUUCUUGGCACAUGCGUCAACACCACUCUGAAUGAUGGUACUACUUGCUCUCGAGACGGCCAGGCAAGAGUUUGUGCAGAUGGUGUCUGUGGUCAAGCAUCUACCACACCGGCCACAACCCCAGCUGCCACCACCACAACGCUCUCAACAUCGACCCCUCUCGCCACAACCGUGCCCCUCAACGUUAACCUUCGCUUUGGUCUACCCACCGACCAGCCGGGCGUCGGCCAAUACUUUGUCCUGGUGCCCAUUGCCAUGACGGCCGCCGAUCGCUCCGUCUACAACGACCGUUCCACCCGCGUGUUGGAGGCCUGGACCUAUCUGGUCAUGGAAGCACCCACCCUGCCAGACCACAUUCUUCGCCUUGCCAUUAUCAACAGUUCCAAUACCGACGACAGCGAUAUUAUCUUACGACUUGAGGGCGUGGGCGCAUCUGUGGCCGCCCAAGAGGCCGUGAACUUUAUCACCGCCUUUGUACCCGCGGCCUCGACCUUAAGCAAUGUCAAAGCCUUGCUGCCUCCUCACUCCCAAACCCUCGCCGCCAUCUAUCUGGCCAGCACCCCAACCACCCUCAUUGAUGGUGCCACGACAACCACCACGGGUGGUCUUGCUGGUGCCAGUGCCAGCAAGAAUGACGUUGAUCUUAGCUCCCCGGGCUGGGUGGCCGUCCUCACCAUCCUCGCCCUCUGCGUGUUUGUGGCCCUGGUCCUUGUUCUGGUCCGGCGACGCAUGCACCAACGCACCAGCAUGGAUUACAGCCUGGUUUCUCCGCAAACCUCACUCCAGCCCGAGGCAUCCCACCCCCUUUCCACCGUGGCGGUGGGCUCCGUCGCCGAUAGCUCGUUCGCCAACGUCGGAAAGGACUCGUACACCUUUGCCCCACAAGACGUGUCCCUUAUCGGCGUAUCUCCCACCAUUCUGAACUUACCAAGUCGCGCCGAGGCCGUGCAGACAGCCAGUGCAAGUGUGUUGACUUAUCAGUAUCAAACAGCGAUGCUUCCUCAUAACCUGGAGAAAAACGUUCGCCGCAACACACUGUUGCCCUACGAGUACAAUCGUGUCUUGCUGGCCAACCCAGGCGAAAAAGACCAAUACUACAACGCCUCUUUCAUCCCGACAUACAGUCCGCAAAUGCCCAUCAUUGUGGCUGAAGGCCCGCAGCGGCCCACCUUGACCCUCUUCUGGCAGAUGAUGUGGCAGCAAGAGGUAUCGCUGGUAGCCAUGACCACAACUAUCAGUGACGGGAGCCAGGUUGUGGGUGAGCGCUACUGGCCUUCCGAAGGUGACAUUCUCGAAAUUGGCCCCCUCCAGAUCACGCUUGAACAUGAGCACACGAACCUGGCCAUUUGUGAACGAAGUCUUCGCGUGAAGCAUAUUGACCUUGGUAUCACCCGUGAUGUCAAGCUUUUGCAAAUGCUCUUCUGGGUGGCCGGCGAGGCGUGUGAAGAUUCACAUCGCUUCUUGGCUUUUGCGGAGCGCGUGCGCGAUGCGCGGUCCAAGCUCAAGCCUGAUCAGCCUCUACUGGUACACGGCAUCACGGCCGUCGGGCGGGCUGGAGCGUUUUGUGCUCUUCUCAAUCUCUUGGAUCGCUUCGAUAAUGAACGGCGCCUCAAUGUGGUAGACGAGCUGACGCGGUUGCGCCAAGCUCGUAGCCACUUCAUCUCGGACGUGGUCUAUCUCGAGACCAUCCUUGCCUGCGUCCUGGACUAUGCCGCGAAUAAAGAUAAAGGACUGCCACUCCAAUGCCCGUUGGCCAUGGCGUUGCACGUCGCCUCCUUCUUUCAAACGAAUCAAACCCAAGUUGCUGAUUUUGACGUCAACCAACCAGGGCGGCGCUUCUUGGCUUUGGCGUUUGCCCGCCUGCAAACGCCGCCGCGCGGGGCAGAAGUCCCGGUACAGCUGCUACUCUGCAAUGAUGUCCUCAUCAUCUCCAUUUAUAAUGGGGGAGGUAGCUUGGUUGUGGUACCGCCGAUGGCAAUCAUAGGGCUGCAAGUGCAAACUCUGUCCAGUUGGGAUGACCACGUCCUCGUACUGCAAGCACCUCCGGCCACCACAUUGGAUGUCUCCAACAAAGCCGCGCCUAACCCGCCUGUCCGCUUGGCCAUGGCCAGUUCAGGCGAACUUGAGCUCUGGCAAAAGUUGUUGUCGAACCAAAGUCUAUUCACAGAACCCACACGGCUGCGUGGCCAAGCCAACGUCAUCAGCAAGACUCCGCGGACGCAGGCAGAGCUUGCUGAGCUGUUGGACAUCCCCUUGCCCAAGGCCGAACGCAGCGACCUUUUGCGCCUCUUCCAAUCCGUACCCAUGGAGUGUGCACCCAACGUCCGGGUAGAGCGCCCCGCCUUGCGGUUUGCCAUGCAACGGCAGCCAGCAGCUCGAGCUGAUACGGCCAUGGGCGCGGCUGAUACCACGGCAAUCCGGCAGCUCGCUGCCCAGGCACAACUAGCUGAGCGGCGCAAUGACGCCCAGCUAGAUAUGAUGGAGGUUGAAUUCUUGAUGCGUAGCAUAGACUUGCGUGCUCGAGAAAAGCAAGUGUUUCAAGAGCUGCAGAAGGCUCGGGCUGCAGAAGUCAAGGCCUUCUUGAAGCGACAGCGUGAUCUCGUCUCCAUGCACCUCAGCGAGCUACAAAACAGCCGCUCCGUGGCUGACAGCGAUUCAGAAGCGGAUGACGCAGAGGAGAAUGAUGAUGACGACACCACGACGGUAGCAUCCCGGGCGCAGUCCCGCGCACGUUCUGAUUACGACAUUAACUCGGCCUACACCGACGCCGAGUCCGUUUACUACACUGACAACGAUGAUGAUAGCCAGCUGCAGGGGCGUUUGACGGAAGCAUCGCAAGUAGCAAGGCUGUUGGCCAGUCAUUUCCAGGGCUCCGACACCGAGUCAGAGGCUGGAUCUUCGCACAAAAAGCGACGCGGCCAUGGCCAACGCGAGCGAGAAGCCACGUCCUCAAUCACUGCCGGACUGGUGGACAAGCCAGGCAGGCACAAGAAGCCAGGUCCGGACGAUACCCCAACGCCGCCCAGCGAGGGCGAAAACUCGAGCAUCGCAGAUGCGGCAGUGAGAAGCACACAGCCAGCCACUCGCGCAUCUUUGGAUAAGACGCCAGAUCAACUACCCAAUGACUCGGAACUGGCACAAGUGUACCGACGCAUGUCCGUGAUGCGCAAGCCACAAGUCGCACCAGCCCCGCCAUUCACUGAGGAAGAACUGGCACCACCCGCUGAUCGUCGAGCCUACUCCGUAUCGCGCUCAAGUGAUCGCGAGCGUCGCGCUGCGUGGCGCAAGAAGGAGGAGCAGGAGGAGCGCGAAGAGGAGCGGCGCGAGCAACGGCGCCGAGAGCAAGAGCGUCGGGAUCGAGCCAAAAAAGAAAAAGAACGCCGUGACAAGGAAAAGGAAGAGGAGGCUGCGCGUGAGCUCGCCCGCAAGCAGCGGCAAAAGGAACAGCAACAAAAGGAGAAGGAGGCAUCACAGUCCAGCACCAAGCCUGGGCGGCGGAUGAGCAAACUGAUUCCCGUCAAAACGACCAUUGGUAAUUUUGCUCUGACCAAGGGUGCUGCUCGGCGCGUCGCUCGCUCGGCGCAUAAGCGCGAGUUUGAGGCUGCAGAUGGCUCACUUACGGAGCAGGUGCCUGAAGCUGUCGAAGAGGUGCAACAAUGCACCUUCCUGGGCAACUGCACGUGCCCCAACUGUCGCUAAGUUUGACGCAAAGGCAGACCCGCCUGCUCGUUCGCAUACCCCUCGCAUUGGGGUCAUGCGCCCAUAUGAUUUCUUUUUUAUUUCUUCUUCUUCUUCUUCUUCUUUGUCUGGUGUGUGUGCGUGUGUGUUUUCUUUCUUUUUUUUGCAUUCAAUGCGAUGGCCGAGCCGUGUCUUCAAUCUUCUUCAUCUAGUCGUUCUUGCCCUUGCCCGCUUCUCCACUGGAAUCUCUUGACACUCAUAGCGGCUCCAGGGAUCAUGAAUAAAAAGCGGGGGGAGGGGGAAGGCAAGGGUAACCAAUUGAGAAAACUAUUCUCG